AUUUAAAGAAAUUCGUUCAGAGGUAUUUCAUUUUGAUUCUUCUAGACGACAAAAGGUAUCUGAAAAGUGACAUUUUUUGAUUUUCAGGAAUAAAAAAUAUGGAUAAUAAGGUCGUAUUCGUUCUUCUGUCAUGUGUUUGUCUUGUUUACGGUUGUAGCAAGAAACCUAUAAUUCACGAAAGCUCGGCACAGGACAUGUCCAUAUCAGAAGAACGUGAAAAGCGUUUUAUUAAGGAAGGGUCACAUUACCGUGUCCAGCUACAAGAAGAUCCAUGUAGCUUUAGAACCUACGAUAUCGACCGUGACGGAACAAUCACACAGGAAGAAUUGUUUGUUCUACUUGGCACUAAUAGAGUAACUGAAGCCUUGUUCAAUGAUUUAGAAAUAGUCAGAGAAGAUGGAGUUAUAACACCAGAAGAAUUUGAUUCCAAAGUUACAAGCACCAUACUUGAAUGUAUUACAUCAGACUAGAUAUGACUAUAAGUCGGAUUUUGUCUGUCAGUUCCUGAUGGUUACACUAAUAUAAGAUGUGAAAUGAGUUGUUAUAAUAAAGGAGGAUACUGGGUAUUAAAUUUCGUUGUUAUUGUUCAUUUUAUUGUUCAAAGAGACUCAAUUACAUCAAAUCAAAUGAAGCAAUAAAUUGAGAUACCAUGA